AUGACUGGUGUUGAAGGUCUUGACUCUGUUGAUUCCUUUGCCAACAGAACCACUUCUCAAGUUCGUGAAGAUAUCAAAUCUAUGCAAAGAGCUCCAGAUCCCAACAAUCCAAAUGCAACUAUUGGAGUCACUACUUGCAAAGCGAUGACUAUCCAUUGUAUCUUGAAAUAUGGGAAGCUCCUCAUUUUGGUUCAGCAAACCCAUACACUAGCCUUUGGAACCAUCCCAAAUCUCCUUUUUAUUGGUCAAUUCUAUCAUGAAAAUCCGGAUCUCAUGGAAGGGGACUACUACCCAAUUCCUCCUCAUCCUCCAAAGUUCAACAAUUGCGAUGGUCAAAUCAUGAUGGAAAACAUGGAAAGUUGGGCUUGUACUGCCUAUGGAUUCCGUGGAAUCCGCCUUGAUUAUAUUUUCCGUGAAAAAUCUGCACUUCCAGUUGUUGGUGACCCUGGUUUCCUCCAAGCCGACGACGUCUCUCGCUCCCCCAUUGAAGAAGAACUUGUCCAACAUGCUGCCCAUACUGGUGCUGUGUUCCGUUGCAACAACCAGAAAUUUUGGGUUAUGCUCCAAGCCGUCACUCAUGAAACCGAUGCUUACAAUCACGUUUGUCAAUUUGCUCCAACUUUGAAUGGUUGA